UUUAAUAGUGGCUUACAAUAAUAAUUAAUCUCUCGUCUUCUCUCUCCGCCUCCCCCGCCUCGAAACCCUCCCCUCCUCCUCCGCCUGUCGCCGGCCACCUCGCCGGCUCCGGCCGCCGUGAUUCGGCGGGGCCUGCGCCUUGCCUAGGCCUCCACGUUCCCCUCCGGUGCCACCUCACCCGCUGGGGUAUGGCUCAUUGACGUGGCGGCCCGGGGGACGUGACGCGACCCAGUUGGAAUUCGAAAUCACCGCCGGAGAUGAUGAUGAGCUCGUCGACCUCGAGGAGGGAGGCGGCGGCGAAGAGCUCCGAGCUGGGGCGCGCCGGCGGCGUGGAUCCCCCGAGGCCCUCCGCGGCGGCGAUGGCGCGGAGCGGGGAGCUCCCCAAGGUCUCGGCGGCGGCGACGGCCGCGGUGCGGCACGAGGGGUGGAUGCUGCGGUACGGGCGGAGGAAGAUUGGGAGGUCGUUCGUCCGCACGCGCUACUUCGUCCUCGACAACAAGCUGCUCGCCUACUACAAGAAGCAGCCCAAGGACAACAUGGUGCCAGUGAAGGCGCUUCAAAUAGAUGGAAAUUGCAGAGUGGAAGACAGAGGGCUUAAAACACAUCAUGGUCAAAUGGUCUAUGUUCUGUGCAUAUACAACAAGAAAGAAAAGGAGAAUCAUAUCACGAUGGGUGCGCAUGAUAUCGAGGAUGCCCUGGUCUGGAAAAAGAAGCUAGAGCUCCUUAUUGAUCAGCAACAAGACACUAUGACGGCUAAAAACCGCAAAGCUUUUGCUUCACUGGACUUUGACAUGGAGUUUGGAGGCCCAUUAUCAUUCUCUGAUCGUGACAGUGGACCGGAAGAUGAAGAAGAGCCCCGGCCUACUUUGCUUCGUAGGACAACUAUCGGGAAUGGCCCUCCUGAUUCGGUACAUGAUUGGACCAAGGAGCCUGAUAUUGGGCUGUCAGAUCAGAAUGACACCAACCAUGCUUACUCAAGAAAGAACUGGCGGCUACUUAGAUGUCAGAAUGGCUUGCGCAUCUUUGAAGAACUUGUGGAGGUUGAAUACCUUGCAAGAAGCUGUAGCCGAGCAAUGAGAGCUGUUGGUGUGGUGGAAGCCACAUGUGAAUCCAUUUUUGGGCUAAUAAUGAGUAUGGAUGUAACACGAUAUGAGUGGGAUUGUAGCUUCCAGUAUGGGAGUUUAGUUGAAGAGGUUGAUGGUCACACUGCAAUACUAUAUCAUCGGCUACAGCUGAACUGGUUUUCAAUGUUGGUCUGGCCCCGGGAUCUUUGUUAUGUACGAUAUUGGCGGCGCAAUGAUGAUGGAAGUUAUGUUGUACUGUUCCGAUCUACUGAGCAUCAGAAUUGUGGUCCCCAACCAGGAUUUGUGAGGGCGUUUAUUGAAAGUGGAGGUUUUAAAAUUUCUCCUCUCAAAUGCGUCAACGGGAGACCACGCACUCAAGUUCAACACCUUAUGCAAAUUGAUCUAAAGGGAUGGGGCGUCAACUAUUUUUCAUCGUUCCAGUACUACUCUUUGUUGCAGAUGCUCAACUGUGUUGCUGGAUUGCGUGAGUACUUUUCCCAAACUGAUGAUAUUCAUCCAGUUCCGAGGAUUCCUGUGAUGAGUACUAUGGCUACUGUGUCCAAAUUGAAAAAGGAUAAGAAACUCCAAGAAACUGACUUAAAGACAAAACAAGCUGAUUUUGGACAAGUCGAUAACAAAAAUUUGGAUAUGAUAGAUGAAGAGUCAGAAGAAGAUGAUGACUAUCAAGUUCCUGAAGCUAAUCUUGAGGAGGCACCUACCAGAUCUGACAGUGAUGCUAAGUACACAGAUCCAAUAGAUUUGUCUUGUUUUUCGGGCAUUAUUCGUCGGGAUGCAAAUGAGAAAAGCCGUAACUGCUGGACAGUACCUGAUAGCAAGCUCUUUAAAGUUCGUAGUGAGAGCUUUCCACAUGACAAAUCAAAGGUUCCCGCAACAAAGUACCUUAUGGAGCUUGUAGCAAUCGACUGGCUUAGGGACAUAAAGCGAAUGGAUCAUGUUGCUAGGCGGAAAGGAUGUGCAGCUCAGGUUGCUGCUGAGAAGGGGAUGUUCACCUUUGUUGUAAACAUUCAAAUUCCUGGAUCAAGCCAUUACAGCUUGGUCCUCUAUUUUGUUACAAGAACCUUGGAAAAAGGAUCACUGUUACAACGUUUUGCUGAUGGCGAUGAUGAUUUCCGAAAUAGCAGAUUGAAGCUCAUCCCAUCUGUUCCAAAGGGAUCUUGGAUAGUGCGACAGAGCGUCGGAAGUACCCCUUGCUUAUUGGGAAAGGCUGUUGAUUGCAGUUAUAUGCGUGGUCAAGAGUACAUAGAAGUAGAUGUAGACAUUGGUUCCUCAGCAGUGGCCAAUGGUGUUCUGGGCUUGGUGUUUGGCGUCGUUACGACUUUAAUAGUUGACAUGGCUUUUCUUAUACAGGCAAACACAUACGACGAGCUCCCGGAGCAACUUCUAGGUGCUGCACGGCUAUCCAAUAUCGAACCCAGCUCAGCAAUAGUUCCUGUACUUGAUAAAUAGCUCUUCAAGGGAAUGAAAUCAAUUGAAGCAGAUUCUUUAAUUCUUUGCUCGGAACUCCAUUUUCUGUUGAUUAGCUGCAGCAGUUUGCAGUUUGAGACGGCAAAAGUGUCAUUUCAGGACUGGAAGCGCGACCAUAUCCUCCAAUCUGUCUUUACAGUUUUCAGAUUUUUCUGACACCAUGCUAGUAGGUAUAGAUAACAUAUAGUAUGUGAUUAUACGGCAUUAUACAUACAGAAAAAACCAAUUCAUGUACAACUCAACGUGGUACCUUGCUUUUUUUUUUUCUCUUUGUAGCCAAUUGUUGUCGAUCUGACACCUCAAUUAGAUGCUCUCUUCCUCUCCUGGAUGUAAAUUGAACUCGUUAUCACUUGCUUGGCCUUUGAGAUUCCUAUAUACUUCUUAGUUUUAUAUUCAAUAGAGUGUACUUCCUCCGAUUUCUAAUGUAUGAUAUCAUUAAUUUUUGUGAUAUGUUUGACCAUUCAUAUUA